GCCAACUGCCACUCCCACAGUUCCGUAUCUUCCCGGCCUUCUCUCUCUCUCUCUCUCUCUCUCUACACACUGCGCCCCAGUCGUACUCCGAAGUCCGAAGCGAGACGUCUCCAAGCUGCCUCCCACCGAUCCGUAGGCAUCCGCGUAUCCAAUGCAUCGAGUCUUCCGCGCGGCGGCGGCAGCGGCUGCCGUCGGUCUCGCCCCAGCUCGUCGUCACCGCCCGCCGAACUGGGGCGCCGAGACAGCGAGAUGGCUCAGCGGCGGGAGGGAGGCUCUGAACUACGACGUCGUGGUCGUGGGCGCCGGGCCGGCGGGGCUCGCCGCCGCCAUCCGGCUGAAGCAGCUAUGCCGCGCGGCCGACACUGACCUCUCCGUCUGCGUCCUCGAGAAGGGAGCCGAAGUCGGUGCUCAUGUGCUGUCAGGGAAUGUGUUCGAGCCCCGAGCCUUGGAUGAGCUCAUCCCGAAGUGGAGGCAAGAGGAUGCCCCAAUCAGAGUCCCUGUCUCAUCUGACAAGUUCUGGAUGUUAACAAAAAACAAGGCAUGGACGCUCCCAUCUCCUUUUGACAACAAAGGGAACUAUGUGAUAAGCUUGAGCCAAUUGGUGCGAUGGAUGGCCGUAAAGGCUGAAGAAUUGGGUAUUGAAAUAUACCCUGGUUUUGCUGCCAGUGAGAUCCUUUAUGAUGAAAAUGAUGAAAAUCAAAUAGUUGCAGGCGUUGCAACCAAUGAUGUUGGUAUUGCUAAAGAUGGUACCAAAAGGGAAACUUUUCAACCUGGUGUAGAACUAAGAGGGCGAAUAACACUUCUGGCAGAGGGCUGCAGGGGUUCAUUAUCAGAGACAAUCAUAAGGAAUUACAAGCUCAGAGAGAGUGGGCAAGGGCAACACCAGACCUAUGCUCUUGGAAUUAAAGAGGUCUGGGAGAUAGAAGAAGGAAAACAUGAGCCAGGUUCUGUGGUUCAUACUGUUGGGUGGCCUUUGGACACGAAGACAUAUGGAGGAUCAUUUUUAUACCACCUUGAUGAUAGACAGUUAGCAAUUGGUCUGGUUGUUGCCUUGAAUUAUCGAAAUCCUUUCCUCAGCCCCUAUGAUGAAUUCCAGAAAUUCAAGCAGCACCCUGCCAUCGGAACACUUCUGGAAGGUGGAACAUGUCUUCAGUAUGGUGCUCGUACUUUGAAUGAAGGUGGUUUCCAGUCGAUACCAAAUCCAGUUUUCCCUGGAGGUGCAAUUAUUGGAUGCUCUGCAGGGUUCCUAAAUGUUCCCAAAAUAAAAGGAUCACAUACCGCUAUGAAAUCAGGUAUGCUUGCGGCAGAAGCAACUUUCAAGGCUCUUGUUGAAGGAUCUUCCAUGGAUCUGUACGGGGAGAAUCUCAAGAAGUCAUGGAUAUGGGAAGAACUAUAUAGAGCUCGGAAUUAUAGACCAGCAUUUGAAUACGGAUUCAUUCCUGGCAUGGCCUUGUCAGCAGUGGAGCGCUACAUAUUCAAAGGGAAGUCACCUUUUACACUGAAGCAUGGGGAACCGGACCAUGAAGCAACAGAUCCGGCCAAUCUGCACUCGCCUAUCCAAUAUCCGAAACCAGAUGGGCAGGUGUCCUUUGAUGUCCCAUCUUCUUUAUACAGGAGCAAUACAAACCAUGAGCACGAUCAGCCUCCUCAUCUCCGCUUGAGGGAUCCUACAGUACUUGAAAGGGUAAAUCUUCCACAGUAUGCUGGACUGGAGUCACGCUAUUGUCCAGCUCGAGUUUACGAAUACGUCUCUGACGAGAAUGGUAACCCAAAGCUUCACAUAAAUGCUCAAAACUGUCUUCAUUGCAAGGCUUGUGACAUCAAAGAUCCAAAGCAAAACAUCGAAUGGACUGUUCCAGAAGGUGGGGGCGGCCCUGGUUACACAAUAAUGUAGAUAUUACCUAAAUUUCUGAUGCCAAAAAUAGUCUGUUCCACAAUUUAACACCAAUAAAAGCUGGGGACUGAAUUAUGACAUACGGAGUACCAUUUUUGGAA